AACUGGGAACUCAAACUGUAGGCGCACUUCAAACCGAUUGGUUGAAUACUGCUAGGAAACGGAUUAAAUUUCGAGCUGCACAAGUGGAUAAGGAUUACCGAACCAUGCUCACCUGGACCCUCUGGUGUGGAUCUCUGUUCCUGCUGUGCCUCUACUUUCUGUGGAGCCGGCGCAGGUUUUACCUGCUCACGCGCAAGCUCCCGGGGCCACUUGGAUAUCCCCUUCUGGGCAUGGCCCACAUGCUGAUGAACAAAGAAGAUAUCCUCAAUGGUUUCGGACGCCUUCAGGACGAGUACGGUUCGAUAAUAUUCUCGUGGCUCGGGCCAAUUCCCUUCUUGCUUGUCAGUGAUCCCCAGGUGGUGCAGGAGAUCUUCACAUCGCCCCACUGCGUCAACAAGGGUAUUAUUUAUAAGGCUGUGGACGAUGGCGUGGGCAUUGGACUGUUCAGCAUGCAUGAUCCCCGUUGGAGCCUCCAUCGAAAGCUAUUGAAUCCCGCCUUUGGUCACAAGGUUUUACUUAGCUUUCUGCCCAUCUUCAAUCGAGAAACAGCUCUUCUGCUGGAUGAACUGAAAACAUUGCAGGACGAUGGAGAGAAGGAUCUUGUUCCAGUGCUGCAGAGCUUCACUCUGGGCAUAGCAACCCAAACUACCAUGGGCAGUGACGUUAAGAGCCAGGAGAACUUAAUGAGCAAAUCCCUGCUGGACCAAUACCAAUGUAUUUUGGAAAACAUGACAGACAUGUGCUUUUCGCCAUGGCUAAACAGUCGAUUUGUUCGCCAGCUGCUUGGGAGGGAAUCCCACUACUUUCAGGCCAAGAAGGAAGUUCGCCAGUUUACCAAGAAGCUCAUUGAAAAACAUUUAUCCGAAAACCAAAAAGAAACAAUCGAUAAGAAUAUAUUUCUUAGCCUGGCCGCGGAUUGCCUGAGACGUGGAGUGUUCAACUUGAAAAAUGUCGAGGAUGAGUCGAAUAGCAUUGUCUUUGGAGCUUUUGAGACCACUUCAAAUGCCUUAUACUAUGCAUUGAUGUUGCUAGCCAUGUUUCCCAAUUGUCAGGAGAGGGCAUUCGAGGAGAUAAAAAUCCUGUUUCCCAACACCGGAGACUUUGAGGUGACCUAUGCUGACACCCAGCAGAUGGUGUACCUGGAUAUGAUACUCAACGAAUCAAUGAGAGUUAUACCCCCAGUUCCAGUUGUAUCGCGACAAACGUCGCAGGACCUAAAACUAUCCAACGGGGUAGUGAUCCCUCGGGGAGUUCAGAUCGCCAUAGACAUUUACCACAUACACCGGAGCAAAGAAAUCUGGGGCCCAGAAGCAGAAACCUUCAAUCCGGAUCAUUUCUUACCCCACAAUAUUCAAGAAAAACACCCUUACGCCUUCAUACCCUUCACGAAGGGUAUCCGAAAUUGCAUAGGCUGGAGAUAUGCCUUGAUAUCGACUAAAGUUACACUGGCCAAAUUAUUGCGGAAUUAUAGGUUUAAGACGAGCUUUCCUUUUGAAGAUCUUUGUUUUGUUGAAGACAUAGCUAUAAAGCUUAAAACUGUGCCACUGUUGGAGCUCCAGAAGAGAAUUUAGAUAUUUGUUAAACAAAACGGUUAAAACGGUAAAAAAAAAUCAACCUCGAUCGGGGUCAAAAAGUAUGUGUGCCAUUCUGAUACCACAUUCAACUAUGUACUAUACUCGUAUAAGAAUUAAAGUUAAAUGUUUGAAGGCAACUUAAAAAAAAAUAGAGUUACAGAAUUUACAAAAAAAAAAAAAUAAAUUGAUUGUGGAUGAGGCUUAA